AUGCGAACUCAGGUCCUAUUCUCCGCGGGGCCCUGGUACCUCACAGGAGUUGGCUGGCAGCGAUUUUCCGAACGCACUAAGGAAGGCUUCAUUUAUGGCCGGUCAGGACAACCAGUGAAAAUAUAUGUAAAAUUACAUCACAAUAGUCCAAUCCUUGUCUGUAUGGAUUUUAAACGCUCUAUAAAGGAAACAGUGGACCCCACCUACUUAUGGAUUGGGCCUAAUAAAAGACCAUUAACAGGAAAUAAUAGAAUAAAUAUAACUGAAACAGUAAAGCUGAUGGUAAAAGAUUUUCUGGAGGCUUUGUCUGAAAGUUACUCAUGUACUCUUUCUUAGAAGACUGUCAAAGAGGAAACCCAAGAAGAGAAGGUGGUAAAGCAGAGAUAUGACUUUAUGAUCUUUGCCUCUCGGGAACCUGAUUAUUCAUAUUGGAUGACUGUACAUUUUACCACAAAGUCUUGUAUAGGAAGAUAUAAUGACCUGCUUUUUAGACUGCUGAGGAAAAUCCUGGAUAAUUUAAUCUCUGAUUUGUCAUGCCAUGUCGUAGAACCAUCAUAUAAAUGCCAUUUUGUUAAAAUUCCAAAACAUGGCCUCAUACAUCAGCUAUUUAUAACCUUUCAAGUUAAUCCUUUUGCACCAGGGUGGAAAGGUACAUGCAAUGAUUCUGUUGAUUGUGAAGAUAUCACUAAUCACAAUAUCCUCCAGGCAAGAGGUCAGAUAGAAUUUUUUCGGAGCCAAGAAUAUAUUUUCGACUAUUACUUUAAUAGAACCCUACUAGCUAUGCAUUUUGUGGACCACAGUUUUCAAGUAGUAUGAAUGGAUGGCUGUCAUCCAGGCUUUGGAAAAAAUGAAGGUCUACACAGUAAUUGUGCUAGCUGUUGUGUGGUUUGUAGUCCUGGAACUUUUAGUCCUGAUGUUGAUGUUACUUGUCGGACCUGCAAUUCCAUCCAUAUCUAUGGAGCUAAAUCUUGCCCAUAAACUUCAAACAAAAAUCACACAAUGAAGACAAGAUAUAAAAAGCAUUGUUACUUGCCUGUGGAGUUGGGGGACAUAAGAUGAUUUGUUCACAUUCCAGAGCAUCAUAGAUGGUUCCAUUCAGUAAGAUCAGUAAGACCAAAACACUGGAAAACACACUUUAGAAACUUCAUAAAGAUAACUGACAUGGCGUUUCUCAGAAGGCAUUUAAUGUCUUCAGUAUACAAAGGGAAGUUUAGCGGAUGAUUUUCAAUGAAACAUGUUUUGUUGUUUACAAACUGAAUUUGUUGCUCUGUACCUAAGAUUAUAUUCAAGUCAAGAAGAGUAGCAAAGCAUAAUAUAAUAAAAAUGGUAUACU